GCUGCCCAGCUUCAGUUAGCCAGUAGUCCGUUUGUCCGUCGCACAGGUGUGUGUCGACCCGUCCCUUUUGUGUCAGAUGCCGAAAACUCCAGAUGAGGAGCUAAAUGCCCGGUGACUGGACGGUUUCCUCGGACUCUCUACAAACAAACCGGCCUGUUCGUGGGACCAAAAAACAAAAAAGCAAGCAGCGCUACCGGCUCUUCACGGUAUCAUGUUAGCCCCAGAACGACAGGUGCACGGCGGCUUCGAGAUUUGAGACGUUAGCCUCAUCGUUUGUGGUACAGAUAGCUUGUAACGGCUACAGCUCUGGAAACCAGUGUCAGCUUUGUACCAAGACAACACGUUGGGACGUAUAUUAAAGCAACCUGACAUCUACAAGUGGUGAAGUUCUACAUCAGGAAACCUGCAGCUGCCUUUCCCUCUCCCUCUCCACCUGCUCUGCCUCUCUGUUUCUCCAGUUACACACUCCUCUCCCUUUUCUACCCACCUCCAUCUCUGUUUUCAUCUUAACCAUCUUAUCUCGUAUCCCCACCACUCCCUCAUCCCCUUUUUUCACUUCUUUCCAUUUCAACACCUUUCAGCCUCCCACCACCUACACCCGACCUCACAGUUUGAAUACUGACAUGGCCUCGGCACAGUCAGAGCAGUCCAGCGUCCUGCAAGAGGAGCUCACCUGCCCGGUGUGCCUGGACUUGUACCGCGACCCCCACUUGCUUCCAUGUGGCCACAACUUCUGCAAGACCUGCCUGGACCGCCUAAAGCGGCAAGCGGAUCGAGGUCGCUUCCGCUGCCCGGAGUGCCGCGACAGCCACCGGUGUGGCACCAACUUUCAGAAAAACUUCAAAUUAGCCAAUAUUGCUGACGACUACCGUCACCGACGCAGAGCGACCACUGCUGCUGCUACAGCUCUAAAGUCCAGAGAACUGCUGUCAACAUCUCUGUCAGCGCAGCAAGCCAGGGGUGUGUCAGCUGUUCCAUGUGACUACUGCCCCUCAGUCGCCGCCGAGGCAUCAGGCGUCAGUGCGGUUGGGGAAGGGUCUUCCCCUGCCUCUGUUUCUCAGGAAGAGGGUGACAAGCAGGAAGCUGCUGCCGCCGCCGCCACAGCUACUGCUGCUGUGUCAUCGAUGUUUGCGGUCAAGACGUGCCUGAAGUGUGAGGUGUCAAUGUGCCAGGAGCAUGUGAAGCCACAUCUGGAACUGCCGGCGUUCCGCGAGCAUCCACUGACAGAACCGAUGAACGACUUCUGGAAGAGGAAGUGCCCGGAUCAUGAUGAGAUAUACAGAUAUUACUGCAUGGAUGACAAGAUAUGCGUGUGCAACGCCUGUACCAUAGAAGGAGGACACUCGGGACACACAAUCAAGACCCUGAAGAACACGAUGAAAGAUCUCAAGGGCACGCUGGAUAAGCAGCUGUACAGGGUUGAAAGGAAGUUCAGCAUGGCGGAGAAAAAACUCCAGGAGCAGAAGGAGAAGGAGAGACAGAACAAGAAGUUUAUGGACGACUCCGAGCAGUGCUUGAACAGGCUGGGGGAGGAGAUGAAGGCCAAAGUACUCCGCUUCGUCGGCAGGUUGCGGGAGUGCUCGCGCACUCACUGCGACACCAACGGGCCGGCGAUUCAGAAGAACAUCUUCAGGAUCUGUCAGGACAAGACCCGCCUCCAGGAGGUCCGCUGCGGCAUCGAGAGCCUCAUGCAGGAAAACGACCCUUUCCGCUUCAUCGAGGCGUACAAGACAACAGGAAAACAGUGCCGUAGGCAGCUACGGAAAAACAUGUUCUACCCCGAAUACGUUGACAUGGAGACAGAGGUUCUUGGAGUGAUGAUGGAGGAAGAAAUGAGGAAGUUCGUUGAGGAGGAACUACCGUGCCAAAUUGUUGCUGUCAUUAAUACCCUGUGUCAUAUGUCGGAUCUCGAGGAGGAGGAGGACCAGGAGGAGAACGAAGAAGAGGCCGUGGAUGAGGAUGACGAAGACGAUGAUGACCUCGAUGACAGCAGUGUGGAGGAAAUGAGAAGCGAGGGGGAGGAGGAGGAAGAUGAAGAGGACGAGGACGAGGACGGACAUGACCAGAGUGAGUUGGCCGACGACCUUUACAGCCCAGGGGAGGAAGACGAGGAAGAGGGCGAAGAGGAGGAUGAUGAAGAGGACGAGGAUGGAGAGGAGGAGGAUGAGGAAGAGAGAGGAGUUUAACCCAGUCCAGGAUUUGUAUACGUAUAUUUUUACACCUAUUAAAGCACUUUGGAUUUGAUCUUUAACUGCAGGUGGAUGCGACAGAUGGGAGGUUGUAACAUCUGUUUUAGUGUUGCACUCACCUUCUCUUUGAAUGUCCCACGUACAGUUCAGGACCCGAGCAGCUACCACAUUUUGCCUCAGACCCUCAUGAAAUAUUGUAAGACGACACACUGGAUGAUAACAGAGCUUCGAUUCAGCUGGAUUAAAAACUAACUGCACUGAGAAUCUGCCAAUGUGAAUCUCAUGCUAAACCUGUGUUACAUACUGCUGAACUUAAGGUGCUUUAUAGUAGAAGACGUUUGCUGUAUAUGUAAACACACAAAUGUGAAUGUAUGAUGACAGAAUGUGGCUGGAAGGACUCAAACAACCUCAAUGAGAAUUUGGCAAACCCUCUGUAUGCCUGCCAUGCCGGGUUUUCUACCACUUUGUUCAAGAUUUUACGAAAUAUAGGACAAGAUUAGCUUUGAUCUAAUUUGUUAAGAGAACUUUCACCUGGUCACCUGAACUUUUGAUAUAACAGGUGCUGGGCAGAGAGAGCUUCUGAAACUAGGAUCCUUGAAUUU